AUGGAGUUUUUGUUAAAUAAUCUCAAAAAAUAUGUUGAAUGUUCAAUUUGCUUGGAGAAUUUCACCGAGCCGAAAACCAUAGCCUGUCUGCACACUUUCUGCAGUGAAUGUCUGAAGAAACACGCGCUUUUGACUCAAAGAGAUGGUCAGUUUCGCUGCCCCGAAUGCCAAACACAAAUUUCCAUCCCCGAAGGAAACAGAUUCGAUCAGCUACCGACCAGUUUUCUUCAUAACAGCUUGCUCAGCCUACUCACUGUUCAAAAAAGUGGUGAUAGUGGUGAAGUCAGUGGCGGAAUUUGCAAGAAAAAGAGCGCUGAGGGACCGAAAGUGAGUUAUUGUUUUGAAUGCGAGAAAUUGCUGUGCAGUGGUUGCGCGAAUGCCCAUGAGUUGUUUCAAACAGCUGCGUUUCAAGGGCACAAGGUGACGCCAGUCAAACAGUUUCAGGUAGACGAUUACGAAGCCUUGCUGAAAAGAAACGCAUUUUGCACCGAGAAAUACCACGAGAGAGAGGUAACGAGAUUUUACUGUCGCCCCUGUGAGGUUUGCAUUUGCCAUAUUUGCAUUAACACGGACCACAGGAAUCACCAAGUUGAGCCGCUUGAGAAGGCAGCAGACGUUGAAAAAGCUAAAAUUUUGGCGGAAGCUAAGUCGAUGGGGCAAAAGAGCCAAGUCUGCCGCGAUGUUAUUCGUCAACUUGAGGACACAGCUGUGAACCUUCAAACUAACAUCGCCGCUGCAAAACAAGAAGUGUCUCGAGUAACUUGGCAAAUGAUCCUUGGGUUGCAAGAGUACGAACUCGAGGCAAUCAAUGUUCUCGAGAAUACAGGCGUAUCGAGAAUGGAAAAAUUAGACGCGACAAAGAAAGAGGUUGAGAUGUUAACAAGACAGAUCGAUCAAGCAACAGAGUUUGCCACUACCCUGGCUCAAAGCAGUUCUUGGACUGAUUUAAUGGGAAGCAGCAAAGGGAGUUUAGAGAAACGAUUUGAAGCGCUCCACAGAUCUAAAAUUCCUGCAGUGCCAGUUACUUCUUACGUAAAGUUUGUGCCGACCAGUGAACUAGAUACAUUGAGCCUUGGAUUCGUAAGAAUUAGCGAGACCGACGCAAACCGCUCAAAGAUAGAAGGACUGGAACAAGCUUUCCAAGCCGGAGUUGAAGCAGAUAUUUCAAUUUCUCCAAUAACAGACGAUGGACAAUUUAGUAACAAAAGACAUGAGGACAGUGUUGAAGUGAUGGUGGAGCCCGCUGGCCACGUGACAGGUUUGACCAUUAACGAGGACCCAGACGGAAGAUUCCACGUAAAAUUUGUUCCCAAAUUGCCGGGUGCUUUCCAGAUCACAGCAAAAAUAAAUGGUGAGAGUCUAGCUAAGAGUCCCUUUAACAUCGUAGUACGGGAACGACGAAUUGAACUCAAAGGCGAAUUAGACCUAGGAAAUCAGAUCGUUAAAGAACCAACUGGAAUUUCUGUGAAUGGGAAAGGACAAAUAGCCGUAGCAGACUAUGACAUGCACUGUAUUUUGCUAUUUGAUAAAGAGGGGAAGUUUAAACGACAACUGGGUUGCUAUGGAAAGAAUCUUGGACAGCUAGACUACCCAGUUGACGUAACAUUCUUGAACGAUGAUGAAAUUCUGGUUGCUGAAGAAUCGAAUCGCCGAAUACAGCAAUUCAAUAUCUGCACCGGAACUUAUGUGAACAGCUUUGGGCGGUACGGAACAGGAAAUGGAGAGUUUAGGGAUCCGGUUAGUGUUUGUUUGGAUGACCAAGGACAAAUUGUCGUGGCCGAGGAUUACAACAACCGAGUUCAAGUGUUUGCAAAGGAUGGUACGCCUAUGUUUAACUUUGGGGAUAGUGGCCCUGAAAAACUAAACUUUCCGAAAGGCUGUGUCUUCUACAAAAAUAUGUUGAUCGUAUCUGACAGCAAGAACGGCUGUUUGAAAGUGUUUGAUUCUACUGGAAAGUUUCUGCGCAAGAUUGGAGAAAAAGGCAAGGAAGACGGACAGUUCAGAAAACCCUGGGGAUUGUGCGUGGACCAUCAUGAAAAUCUUCUCGUGACAGACUAUGGCCUUGGUCGUGUUCAGCAGUUUACCAUUGAAGGCCAGUAUACUGGUAAAACUGUUUCGGACCUUCAAGGACCAGAAGGUAUAACCACUAUGGCUGAUGGUCGUAUUUUAGUAUCCGAUUAUGACGGGGGAAGGGUUCUGAUAAUGGCAUAG